UAACGUCUGUAACAUUUUAAGUUAAGUUGUGUUUAAAUAUCCUUCUAGCCUUGUAUUGUAGCCCACCGUUUCCCCCCUCUCUUUUAACAUGUCUUUCACUGUGUGUUUUGUUUGUUUAAGAGGUCAGGAUUGAGUGCAGCAGCUGAGCACACAGGGAGCACCAUCAUGAUGACAACAAAGAGACUGGACAACUUUGAGGUGGUGUGUGAGUGGGAUUCGUGUAACUUCAAGGGCCACACCAUGGAGGAGCUGAGCGAUCACAUGUCACUGCAUUUAAAAGACUACCUGGGGGACAACGAUGCCUUAGAGGAGCUGGAUGAGUAUGCUUGUCUCUGGGAAGGAUGUGAAUUUCUAUCCAUGGGUAGCCCUGCGGAGCUGGAGGUUCAUGCUUACUUCCACAACUACCACGGUAAGCUGAAGUUUGUCGGGUCACAGCUGCUCAAGUCCCGUCCUGAUCUGCCCAGCUGCAACCAAGGCUUGCACAGCAACAACCUGGUUCCUGAAGGAUCAGAUGGAUAUGUUUGCCAGUGGGAGCACUGUGAUAGUACAUUUAACAAUCCUGAGUGGUUCUACCGACAUGUGGACAAUCAUGUUGAAAGUGCCGAGUCACAGUCUCUCCCACAACAGCAGCAGGUUCUCUUCUGCCACUGGUCAGGUUGUGAUGCUUUCUUCAAAAUCCGAUACCGUUUAAGAGAACACAUGCGGAGCCACACUCAGGAGAGACUUGUAGCCUGUCCUACAUGUGGCAGCAUGUUCUCCAGCAACACAAAGUUGUUUGACCACCUACACAGACAGGCCGAGCCAGUCGAAGAGUCGCUGGUCUGUGAACACUGUGGCAAAGCUUUUUCUAGCGAGAGGCUUCUGAGGGAUCAUGUUCGCCAGCAUGUGAACCAGGUGAAGUGUCCCUUCUGUGAUAUGACCUGCACCACUUUGGCAGCUCUGAAGAUUCACAUCCGGUUCCGCCACUGUGAUGAGCGGCCUUUCCCAUGUGACUUCUGCGACAAGAGAUUUAAAAACAAUCGUGAUCUACAAAAGCACACAGAGGUUCACAAUGAGGGAACUGUGUAUCACUGUACGGUGGAGGGUUGUGAUUAUUCGUGCCACACAUUCCAAACCAUGAGCUACCACUACAAGAGAGUGCACGAGGUCGGGGGGAUGUCCAAAUACAAAUGCCACAUCUGUGAUAAGGUUUUCUCCUGGUGCUACACUCUCACACUUCACCUUCGCAAGAAGCAUGAGCUGAAAUGGCCCUCCGGACAUUCACGCUUUAGGUACAGGAAGGAUGUAGAUGGCUUUCUAAAAGUAAACAUGGUGCGGUUUGAGACUGUGGAAGUGACGAAGGAGAUCAUGAAGAACAUGGCCAAAAAGCCACAGAGCCUUCGGAAAAGUCAGAGAACCAGCAGCCGGAACAAGACGGCUGCAGUCACACCAGAAAGCGGGCGAAGCUCUCCCACAGGAUCCUCCUCGCCCUCCUCCAGCUCCUCCUCAUCGUACUCCUCAGAGCUCUCUGGGGCGGAGGACGUUUCUCCUCAGCCCAGCCCCAGAGGCAGUGACUCUCCGGUCUACUGUGUCAUGAGCACCAUCCCUCACAUUGAGGAGGAGCCAGGAGGACUGUCGCAGGAGGACUGUGAAGGAAGUGGGACAUCUGGAGCCGUCCAGGCCCUGACGGAGGUGGCGAGGGGCCUGGGGAUGGACGUGGUCUGAUUCAUGCAUGCUGCAUCCAUCACAGGCCCGCCAGUAGCAAUUAUGGUCAGGGAGACAACAUCUUCUAAUCCACACCCACUCCAGUACCAUAGACCUUAGCAUGGCCCCCCGAGCCGUGGCCUGGGGUCCUCUGUACCCCUUUACCCUGACUGAUCCAUCAUUGUAGCUGUUAUUCAAUGCAAUGGUUUGCUUCUUGUCGUGAAUUUUUCUGUGAAGUUACCCGAGGAGACAGGAACUGUUUUUUUCUGGCCAAAGCUUUUGCAUGGUCUCCAGUGUUUUCAGAGUGGUGUGACAUUGAAGUGGCGGUCUCUGCAGUUUAUUAUAGCAGCACUUAUAAACUGUAAUGCCUUAGCUUGGCUUUGUGAUGUCUCCCGUCUAUGGGGUUGCCUGUUAAUCUUGUCAAUGUUUCUGACAAAGCUUAUAUGAAUGAGAUGAGAGGUGAAAGCACAACAAAGCUAGGUUUACAAAAUGUUGCUUGACUUGUACUUUUACACACAAUGAUCUGUGAUACUUCCAUGAUGUUGCCUGACAGAGGAUUUCUGAAGACAUUAUUUUUUAUUGUAGCCUUGGAAUGUCAAUUCAUUUUAUUGUUAAAAUUUUUAAAUACAUUUUUGAUACAAAAGUAAA